GCGACGGCGGCGCUUGGCGGCGGGGGGAGCGGGAGCCGCCGCUCCUGAGGCGACGGGAGCGGGACGGGGAGGCGGGAUCAUCCCGGGAUCCGCCGGGAGCUGGCGGCAGGAUCGCCCUAGGUUCCCCUGGGAGCGGGCUUCGGCGGGAGCGGGCUCCGGCCGCCGCUCUGCGCGCUCCCUCCCGCUGCCCGCGCAGUUAUUACCCAUGGUUUUAAUGCUCCAUCAGAACAACUGAGAUGAGACUGAAGACUUCCCUUUUAAAGGAGCCAAAACAUAAGGACUUGGUGAGCUGUGUGGGCUGGACAACAGCUGAUGAGCUGUUCUCCUGCAGCGAUGACCACCAGGUCAUGAAAUGGAACCCAGUGACCAGCGAGACCACUCGGGUGCUGAAGCUGCCAGAUGAUGUCUAUCCCUUAGAUCUGCACUGGUUUCCCAGAGGCAUUGGUGGCAAGAAGCAAUCCCAGGCUGAGAGCUUUGUUCUGACCAGCUCUGAUGGGAAAUUCCACUUGAUUUCCAAGCUAGGAAGAGUGGAGAAAAGUGUAGAAGCACAUUGUGGAGCUGUCCUUGCAGGAAGGUGGAAUUAUGAGGGAACAGCCCUGGUUACAGUUGGGGAAGAUGGCCAAGUGAAAAUCUGGUCUAAAAGUGGAAUGCUGAGAUCCACCUUGGCUCAGCAAGGAACUCCAGUGUACUCAGUGUCCUGGGCCCCUGACUCUGACAAAGUUCUCUACACCUCAGGGCAGCAGCUGAUCAUUAAACCCCUCCAGCCAAAUGCUAAAGUUCUGCAGUGGAAAGCCCACGAUGGCGUGGUGUUGAAGACGGACUGGAAUGCCGUGAACGGGCUGAUCCUCUCUGCAGGGGAGGACUGCAGGUACAAGGUUUGGGACAGUUUUGGCCGUGCCCUGUUCAGCUCCCAGCCCCACGAGUAUCCCCUCACUGCCAUAGCCUGGGCUCUGGAUGGAGAAUUGUUUGCUGUGGGCUCCUUCAACACUCUGCGUCUCUGUGAUAAAACUGGGUGGUCUUAUGCCCUGGAGAAGCCCAACACUGGCAGCAUUUUUGCCAUUUCCUGGUCAAUCGAUGGCACCCAGCUGGCAGGAGCCUGUGGGAAUGGCCAGGUCAUCUUUGCCCACGUGGUGGAGCAGCACUGGGAGUGGCAAAACUUCCAAAUUACCUUAAUGAAGAGAAGAACCAUGAAGGUGCACAAUGUCAUCAACGACGCCGUGGAUUUGUUGGAAUUCCGGGACAGGGUCAUCAAAGCCUCCCUGAGUUAUGGAUACUUGGUGGUCUCCACCUCCCUGCAGUGCUACGUGUUCUCGACAAGGAACUGGAACACUCCAUUGAUUUUUGACCUGAAGGAAGGAACUGUGAGUUUGAUUCUCCAAGCAGAAAGGCAUUUUCUUCUGGUGGAUGGUGCAGGACUUUAUUUAUAUUCCUAUGAAGGCAGAUUGAUUUCCUCUCCCAAGUACCCAGGCCUGAGGACAGAUGUUCUGAGUGCCCUGACAGUGUCCCUGAGCUGUGACACCCUGGCCCUGAGGGACAAGGCUGAUGAGAAGGUUAUCUACAUCUUUGAAGCUUUAUCUGGGAAGCCACUGGGGGAUGGCAAACCUCUGACCCACAAGACAGAGAUUGUGGAGAUUGCUUUGGACCAGAAAGGACUGACAAGUGAGAGAAAAAUUGCUUUUAUUGAUAAGAACAGAGAUCUUUUCAUCACCUCGGUGAAAAGGUUUGGGAAAGAGCAGAAGAUUGUCAAAAUAGGGACCAUGGUGCAGAGUUUGGCGUGGAAUGACAGCUGCAACAUCCUCUGUGGCAUCCAGGACUGCAGGUUCACAGUCUGGUACUACCCCAACACGGUCUACGUGGAUAAAGACCUUCUCCCAAAAACCCUCUAUGAAAAAGAUGCCAGUGAGUUCAGCAGGAGCGGGCAGAUCGUGAGCUUUGUGGGCAGCCAGGUGACCAUCAGGAGGGCAGAUGGCUCCCUGGUGCACCUGCACAUCUCGCCCUACGCCGCCAUCCUGCACGGCCACGUCAGCUCCUCCCGCUGGCAGGACGGGCUCAGGCUCUGCAGGUUUGUCAAGGACCAGACGCUGUGGGCUUGUUUGGCUGCCAUGGCAGUGGCCCACAAGGACAUGAGCACGGCUGAGAUUGCCUAUGCAGCCAUUGGUGAGAUUGACAAGGUGCAGUACAUCAACUCCAUCAAGGAGCUGCCCUCCAAGGAGUCCAGGCUGGCUCACAUGCUGCUCUUCAGUGGGAACUGCCAGGAGGCUGAAACCCUCCUGCUCCAGGCUGGCCUGGUUUACCAAGCCAUCCAAAUCAACAUUAACCUUUACAACUGGGAAAGAGCCCUGGAGCUGGCAGUGAAGCACAGGACACACGUGGACACGGUCCUGGCUUACAGACGGAAAUUCCUGGAGGAUUUUGGGAAAAAAGAAACCAACCAAAGGUUUUUGCAGUAUGCAGAAGGUCUGGAAGUGGAUUGGAAUAAAAUCAAAGCCAAAAUCGAGAUGGAAAUUGCUAAAGAGAGAGAACGAGCAGCAGCCAGUGCUGCAGGGAGGAGCAGUGUGACUGUGCAGCAAUAAUUCACAUUUUGGGCACCUUCAAAGUGCUGCUUCAAUAUUUGGUACUGCUUUGUUGUAAAAAAAAAUCCACAGCAAACAUUCUGUGGGUCACAGGAGAGGGGAUUUCUGUGGAUUUCAAUCCUUGGGUGGCACACAGGAUUAAUUAUUUCCUUUCCCUUUGAGCUGGGUUUAUAUUCUGGUUCCAGUGCUGACUCCAUGUAUGAGAACAAAGGGAAUUAACAGUUGCUCUCUUAGUGAUUUUAAAUUUUCAUUGCCAUUAAUAUUCUUUGACCUGGGUUGCCUCUACUGAAAUCACAAUUUAAGGCCCAAGCUGAGCAGUUUGGUCAUUGCUGCAGACUUGUUUCAAUUGCCCCAAAACAAAUUUAGCAAACUGGAAGUGCUGAAAAUGAAAAGAAAAAAAAAAAAGGGAGCUUGAGCCUCUCAAGUACAAAUAUUUCCCUCACAGUUGUGGGAAUCAUAUUUGUUAGUGAGUUCUUUAAUAGAUGAUUUCAGAUCAUUUCAGCUACUCAGGUUUGUCACUGAGCAAAACAUUCAGCAGUAAAAGGAUUUUUUUUUUGUUUAAAGUACUUUGGAAUGUGCAUUCAGGGUUGUUGGAAGUAACAAACAGCAUUUGUAGCAUCUGAUGUGUAAAAUUGACAAGGAUAUUUAAAAUAAGAGAAUAUUUCAUGUCUUUUUUCUGCCCAAAGCACUUGAUUUGUAAUUUUUUUUGAAAUUUAUAUUAUUUCAUCAAGAUACAUUUUUCUUUGUUUCACACCCAAAACUGGCUUCAUUUUCUUCAUGUUAUAAAUAUAUUUCCAGUUUAUUUCUCACUGACAAGGUUUAUUAUGUAUCUUUGAAAUGUUACCAGCAAAAUGUUAAAUAUCUGUACAAACAGCAAAUUUGUAAAUCAUUGUGUGACCCUUUCUUGCACAGUUCAUCAGUUUCUUAAUAAAACCAAAUCAAAGUGGAGAUUUUUAAUGUACCUGAGAGCUGCUGCAUGUGGGGAUCUCCACUGAGUGCUGAAAAAAGAGCAUUUGGGGUGUUUUAAUUCCAUUUGGAGGGGAUGGGAGAAGUGUUUAAUUCCAUUUUUUAUCACACACAUCCAGUCCUGAGCAUCCUGGUGUUAAAGAGAAAACAAAGCAAAAUAUUUUGGAAAAUCACUUUUAUUCCAGGGUUCUAAAUAGAGUUGUGACCCUGGGUGUGAAAUGUGAAUUUCAGGAUAUUCUCAGGAGGAAAUGUUCCUCUGUGCCUUUGGUGGCGUUGUGGCAGGGAGUUCAGGGAAUGUCAUUCCAAGGGAAGUGCCAUCCAUCCAUGCCAGGGGAGCUUGGAGCUGAAUUUUCUGAGGUUUCCAAAGUUUUGCAUUGUAUUUUUACCUGUUUCCAGUUAUUUCAGUAUUAAGUGAAAAUAAAUAGCAGAAGGAUACAGAUGUUUCAGGUACAUUUUGGUUACAUUAUUGCCCAGAACAAGAAAUUCUUUUAAAACCCUCUUUUAGAAAGAAAUACCUCUUAUUUAAUUACUGACUACUUGAUUUAAACCAUCAUAAACCAAUUUAAGAAACAGAAAUCAAUUAACAUGAUUAAAAUUCAGUUGUUCAGGUGCUGCUGUGAUGGAUCAAUAAUCAAAAAUAACCCAAAUUUUGUCGUGGCAGGGUGGGAGUUGAGUUCACUCACUUCAUUUAACCUUGGCCACAGUAAAUCCUCUCUGGUUACAGAAAGGGAGGUUGAAAAAUGCAUCUUUAGGUGAAAAAUAAAGUCCUCAAGUGAGGCAAAAGUAAAAGCUCAGGUGGGUGUUUAAAACCCUACUGCAUAUUUGUAAUAGUUCAGAGGGAAAAUUAAAAAUAGCUUUUGUUUUCUGGUUUUUAAGGCAAUGACACUUUGAGAUCUGGAUUGGUCUGUGGGAUUUUACCCUUUGGGACUGGAGCAGGAGGAAGGUUUGAAUCAUCUGACAUGAAAAUUUGAUUUUACAGAUUAUGUGGAACUAUUUCCUGCAGAAAAUCUGGUGAUUGUUGCCUGAUUCACUUCAGAACAGUCACAAGUAUAAAUGAGCAGCUGUGGAAAAGCCUGAAGCUUUCUAAAAUCUAAUUCUGAAAUGUUACCAGGUAUUUAUAGAAAUACAAAGUUUGUAUCACCCACAGCUGGGGGCAGGCUGGAGAGAAGCAAUUCACUAUUUUUAUAUUAGAGAUAUGGUUUUUAUAUUGGCUUUUACAUGUUUUUAUUAAACAUUUUAAGACCUCCAUUUCUUUAUUUUGAUGAUAACAGAGAUGAGAUUUUACUCUGCAGGGGGUGGGGAAGAGCCAGGGAGAAAAAUGGAUUUUAUGAAUUGAUCACAUGUGAGAAUCUCUAUUUCCAAAGUUUGUUUCUAUUGAUCCACAUCAGUCACGGGUUGCCUUGUGCUAUAAAAUUUCCAGUACUGGAAUUUAACCUUUUCAUUUUAGUUCAGGUGCCUUUGCCCUCCUGUAAAAGUUUGGGAAAACAGGAUGGGCUGGUCAGGGAAAGAGAGGGACGAGCCUGCACAGAGCUUGGUUGUACAAAACAAUAAAAUAUUUCAUUAUUUCUGGGUUUUUCA